AUGGCCAAACGCAAAGCGACCUCUCAGCUUUCGGGCCUUAUAGGAUCAGACGAUGAAGAUCUCAUGUUGAACAAUGACCAAGAUGCCCAAACAGAGCCUCCCGCCAAGAAACGAAGAGGUCGGCCACGCACUUCUGAAGACGGCGCGCCCGAACCCAAUCCCCCCAAACCGACUACGCGAGCGAAAAAGCAAGCAGCUGUAGCUGAGCCAGCGGCUCCUGCAGAGAGAAAGUCUACCCGUCGGGGCCGACCUAAGGGCAGUGGUCGCGUAUCGCAAGACGCGGCGGCAACGGCAGCUAUGGAAGCAGAAAAGACGGACACCGAGCUGAACGACUAUGCACACGAUCAGGAAAACGAUGAACCUGACAACUCAAAAUCUACGAGAAAGACUACGAAGGCUACAAAAGCCAAACCUGCGCCAGCAGCCAAACGCGGUCGGACAACAGCUCGCGCUGGGGCAGCGAGGAAGCUCCAAGUAGACGAUGAAUUCGAAUAUACCCCCAAGACUGGGCGACAAGCAAGUCCGGAGGACCACGAAGAGCAGGCUGAGCCAAGUCCGGUUGCACGCGCAACAGGUACUGGUAGACGAGGCACCGAAGUGCAGGAAACACAACAGGCUGCAGGGCACCAAGCUGGAUUUGUAGAAGAGUCUGUAUUCCCUGAAACUACUCGCCAGUCCAUGUCCCCGCAGAAGGCUCGUGCCUAUCGGCCGUCCCUAGCCCGCAACCCAUAUGACUCUCCCAAUAAGCGCAACUCUGAGCAAGGCGGCGACCCAGAGCUAAGGCGUAGGCUGGGUGAGCUCAACAAGAAGCACGAUGCAUUGGAAAUCAAAUAUCGCAAUCUCCGUGAGAUCGGGAUUGUCGAAGCCAAUACCAAUUUGGAGAAGUUGCGAAAGCAGAGCGAGACUAUAACUGCCGCAUCAAAUGAACUGGUUGCCUCUUUGAGAGCCGAGCUAGAUUCUCAGCGGAAGCAAGGAGCGCAAAGCCGAGGAUUACAGAAGCAACUCAAGGACCGCGAUGCAGAAAUGGCUCGAUUGAAAGCCGACGCCGAUGAGGCACGCGCACAGCUGGCCUCUGCCCAAUCCGAAUCCAAGGCGCUGCAGACCAAGCUCGCAGCGGCACGCAGCACAGCAGCCAGCCUGGAGGGAGCCUCCAAGGUCCCUGGCAGUGCCAUUAAGGGCGGAGCCGCUAACCGCGCGAAUGCUGCUGCCAGCGCUGAGGCGGCCCAGGCAGCCCAACUCGCCCAACUUAAGGAAGACUUGUAUAGUGACCUCACAGGAUUGAUCAUCCGGGAUGUCAAGGACAAGGAUGCUGAAAAUGUCUAUGAUUGUAUUCAGACUGGAAUCAACGGGACUCUUCAUUUCCACUUGGCAGUGCCCAAGGAAUCAUCGGAUUUCGACAAUGCAGAAUUCCAAUAUCUGCCCCUCUUGGAUGCCAAUCGCGAUCGGGACCUGGUGAACAUGCUUCCAGACUUCUUGACCGUGGAUAUCACGUUCAAGCGUGGACAGGCUGCCAAGUUCUAUACGCGCGUCAUUGAUGCCCUGACCAAGCGGCGAUCUCUUGCAGCGUGA